AUGGCGAGUGACGUACCGCGUGUGGGACGCUGGAAACUACAGGUGAGGGUUGCGGGUUGCGGGGAGGAGGGGGGAAGGGAAGGAGAGAGGGGAAGGGGUGGGUCACAAGAGAGGGGAGAGGAAGGUUUAGGAGAGAGGGGAAGGGGAAGGAGAGGAGGGGGGAAGGAGGGGAGGGAGGAAGAGAGAGGGGAGGGAGGGAGGCAGGAGAGAGGGAAGGGGCGGCGGUUCAGCGUCCUGGUCCAAUCAGAGUGCGACACGUUGGACUUUGCUCCCGAUUACUUGGAGCGAGUCAACAGCACGGGAUCACAUGUCAUGGCUCAGUGGGUCCUCACCGUCCUCCCAUCCACCAAGUCGUUCACCGAACCAGUCACCGAACCAGCUGCUGCAGCCGAAUCUCAACCCAGCAGCAAGCUCUUUCAUGAGGCAACGGACGGCCCAGAUUCGCCCUGUGACCAUUCCAUCCACGGCCGCUGGCUCUUCACCCCCCAAAAGCAAGCCUACACGUGGCAGCUCUACCAUGCGCGCACCCCUCCCCCCCACCUCCCAAUGGGUCUACACCCUUCAAUCCCGAGGCAUUUCCGAGAUUAA